CAGGCAGGAACACGCUGAACUCUGCUGCCAACAUCUCAGAAUGGAUUCUGAGAAGAAAACUGUGAUCCUGAGAGAAGGAUUCCUGGUGAAGAGGGGUCAUCUGGUGCACAACUGGAAGCCCCGCUGGUUCAUGCUGACGCCGGACAAGCUGCUCUAUUACAAAUACGAAGGAGGCCGAAGAGACUCGUGUCAGCGAGGGAAGAUCCUGCUGAAGGACUGCGUGAUAACGAGUCCUUUUCUGGAGUACGAGAACCGACCGUUGGUGUUUAAGCUCCAGACGAAGAACAAAGUGGAUCAUUUUUUGGAGGCUUGUUCGCGGGAGGAGAGAGAUGAUUGGGCGGAUGACAUCACCGCCGCAGUCGACAAACUCCGGACGGCUGCAGGCGGGAAGGUGAGCGACCAGGAAGCCCCCGGUGGAUCCCACUUACACGACAUCAACUUGAGCAAAGUGCUGGACGCCAUGUACGACGUCCACAACGGCAUCAAAAUGAGCAACCACGUGGAGCAUGGCAGCACUUACAGCAACUGUUUCUCAGGUUCAGCCGUGGUGGACUGGCUGGUGUUCAUGCAGCUGGUUCUGACCCGGGUGGAGGCCAUGACGCUGGCCUCAGCCCUGCUGGAGGAGGGUUUCCUGCGCACCGUGGGCAUGAGGAGCGUGGAGGCUCUCCGCACCGCCGGCCUCAGUGAGCAGUUCAUGGACGACUCCACGGCGCUGUACAGCUUUUCUGACAGUUUAAAGAAGAGAGGAAGCGUGAAGGCUGAGACGUCGCUGUCCGCCGUGGAGCUGAGUGGAAAAGUGACAAAGAGAGGCUACCUGCUGAAACAGGGACACAGAAGGAAGAACUGGAAGGUUCGACUGUUUGUGCUGCGUUCAGAGCCGGCGUUCCUUCACUACUACGAUCCCACCAAGGAUGACAUCAGCCCUGUGGGCGGCUUCUCUCUGCGGAGCUGUCUGGUUUCCUCCCUGGGCGAUAACGGAGUUCCUUCAGGUGUGAAAGGAAACAUUCAAGGCAACCUGUUUAAGAUCAUCACUCAGGCAGACACACAUUACUUCAUCCAGGCUCCGACUCGCCAGGAGAAGAUGGACUGGAUCGAUGCAAUCAGAGCGCUAACAUAAAACUUCAUCAACUAUAGAUGAAGGUUCGUUUGUAAAGCCUGGGAAAAAAGACAUAGCACGUUGUUUAAGACUGAACUGUGACAGGAGCCGGCAACUUUGUAAAGUUAUGAUUUGUAAAUGUGAACCACUGCAACUGAAUUCUUUGUUGUCUUAUAAGCCCAUGAGGGUUGGGCACUUUGUGUGCAUGACAAGAAAAUAAAUUACUCAAAUCAAAUCAAAUAUAGAGACGACUGAAACUACACAUUCUAUGAAUGUUUUUUGUAGCAGCAGACAGAUAAAGAUGCACUUUAAAUAAAAAUGUUUAUAGUUAUAUAAUAUGUUUUUUAAAGCUUGAUUUAACUGUAUUUUAAAGUUCUUGCUUGGAGGGUUUAAAAGCCCAACAGUUGUAACAAUUUCUCUUUUCAUUAAAGCUCCUAUAUCCUCCUCA